GACAAGCCGGACCCCGCGGCGUGCUGCUUGUGCUGGGCGCUGGGCGCGCGGGAGCACACGGGGGUCAGCCUAGAGGCGGACCGGCUGCUCGCCUUCCACUCCGAGGUUGGCAGAAUAGCCAGGCAGUUCUGCCUCACGCUGCUCGAAGACGAUGCCACCAGCGGCAUGAUCUUGGGGAGCGGAGAGAGCUACCCCGAGAUGAGUGCCGCCGACACCGUCGUGCGUAUG